UUUAAUACAACGCAACCACCUCAUCGUCCUCUCAAGUUCUCAACCUUCUCCCUCCAUCCUUCAAUUUUUUCUCGUUUUUUCUCACUUUCUAUCACUUUCUCACCAGCCAAACAGACAGUCACCACAGAACCAAAUUCGAAUUCAAAUAAAAAAUCGGAUAAAACUCAUUUCGUGAAGCGCCUCGAAGAACAAAACCCACCUUUGUUUUUCGCCAUUAGAGUUGAAAAAAUGAAGCCCCCGAAGCUGAUUGUGUUACUGUUAUGUUGCCUUGGUGUUCUCAUGGUUGCAAAUUCUGAUCUGGCUUCCGACAGAGAUGCCUUGCUGGCGCUCAGAACAGCCGUGGGAGGCCGUACAAUGGGCUGGAACUUGACGGAGACCAACCCCUGUUCGUGGCUCGGCGUCAAAUGCGAGUCGGACCGGGUCACCGAAUUGCGGCUUCCAGGUUGGGCACUGGUUGGGCAGCUUCCUUUGGGUCUCGGAAACUUAACCCAGCUUUUGACCCUCUCUCUGCGCGUAAACGCGCUCUCCGGUCCGCUACCGAACGACCUUGUCAACCUAGUCAACCUCAAAAAUCUCUACUUGCAAGGUAAUUCAUUUUCCGGUCCAAUUCCUGAGUUUUUGUUCAAACUGAAAAGCCUUAUGAGAUUGAACCUUGAGAAAAAUAAGUUCUCCGGCGAAAUCUCGUCGGCGUUUAAUAAUUUGACGAGUUUGGUAAGUCUGCAUUUGGAGGAGAAUCAGCUUACUGGGUCAAUUCCUGAGCUGGGUUUACCGUCUCUUGGACAUUUCAACGUUUCCUUUAAUCAGUUGAACGGGUCGGUUCCUUCGAAGCUUUCGGAUUGGCCCGAAAACGCGUUCGAGGGGAAUUUGCUUUGUGGGAAGCCGUUGAAGGCCUGCAAUGGGACUGAGAAUGCUGGGAAGAAGAAUAAGUUGGCUGGUGGGGCAAUUGCAGGGAUUGUGAUUGGUAGUAUUAUUGGGUUCUUGGCGAUAGUUGCCAUUGUGAUAUUUUUGUGCCGACGAAAGAAAAAUGGGGAAAAAGGUACAAACUUUGCUGUGCCGGGGAAGCCUCAGGAGGCUGAAACCUCCCGUGGAAAGGUGGUGCUGGAUAGGAGUUCGAGUACUGAUUAUUCAUCUGCAUCAAAAGGGAGUGUGAAGAGUGGUGGUGGGAAUAAGAGUUUAGUGUUCUUCGGGCAUGUGGUGAAGGUGUUUGAUUUGGAGGAUUUAUUGAGGGCAUCAGCUGAGGUACUUGGAAAGGGGACAUUUGGAACUACGUACAAGGCAACUUUGGAAAUGGGGGUGUCAGUGGCAGUGAAGAGGUUGAAGGAAGUGGCUGUAUCAGAGAAGGAAUUCAGGGAGAAGAUUGAAGAGAUUGGAAGAAUGGAUCAUUCAAAUUUGGUCCCACUCAGGGCUUACUACUACAGCAGGGAUGAGAAGCUUUUUGUGUAUGAUUACAUGCCUAUGGGAAGCUUAUCUGCUCUUUUGCACGGAACCAGAGGUUCCGGAAGGACUCCAUUGAAUUGGGAAACAAGGUCUGGUAUUGCUGUAGGAGCUGCUCGUGCAAUUACAUACUUACAUUCUCAUGGUCCCACUACCUCCCAUGGAAACAUUAAAUCUUCAAACAUCCUUCUCACUAGAUCCUAUGAAGCCUGUGUUUCUGAUUUUUGCCUUGCUCAUCUUGCAAGCCCAACAUCUACUCCGAACCGCAUUUCUGGUUAUCGUGCCCCAGAACUCACAGAUACUAGCAAAGUAACCCAAAAGGCAGAUGUUUAUAGCUUUGGCGUAUUGCUUUUGGAGAUACUUACAGGAAAGUCUCCAACCCAAAUUAUCAUGAACGAGGAAGGAGUAGACCUUCCAAGAUGGGUUCACUCAGUGGUUCGAGAGGAGUGGACUGCUGAGGUGUUUGACUUCGAGCUUCUUAGGUACCAGAAUGUUGAGGAGGAGAUGGUUCAGCUUUUACAGAUUGCACUCGAAUGUACUGUUCAGUACCCUGAUAGCCGCCCUUCAAUGGGUGAGGUGACUAGCCGAAUCGAUGAGCUUUACAGUUCUAGUUUAAAGCACGAGCAAGAUGCGAAUCCUGAUAUCUCAUGACGUGGACGAUGGCUUUCUCAGCAGGAUUUAUCAACUGACACGCGCAUAUCACCGUGAGUACUGAACAAAGAUCAGCAUUCUUUCCUGCAUUGCCCUUCUGGUCAGGCAUAAUUUGUUUAAUCUUGAGUUUAUUUUGAGCAAAUCUUACAGCCGGGAUCAUGUCUCUUUAUCGUUUUCACCUUCAUAUUUAUUUUAUCAGUAGCAAUCUUCUUUACCCCCUGUAUAUUACUGUUUAUGCUGUAUGUGGAGGGGGAUGUCUGUAAUGCUGUUAUUUGCAAAUCUGAGUUUGCCUUGUAGUGUAGUGCUCUCAUCACUUCUGUUCCUCUUAGCCCUGAGCUCGAUGCAAAUUUUAUUGACUGAAAAAUGCUUCAUUUGCUUUUA